UUAAGGUGGACCACAGGGAGGUUAUCAUAGCUACAACGAUGACAGCUAUGGCCCCCCUCCUCCCCAUCGCAUGGGGCCAGGCAUGGGUGGGCGUGGUCGGGGUAACCAGCGCUACGGUCCUGGAUAUGGACCGCCACCGCCCGAGUACGGUCCUCACGCUGACUCUCCAGUUCUUAUGGUAUAUGGCCUGGAGCCCUCUAAGAUCAAUGCUGACAAGGUCUUCAACAUCUUUUGCCUGUAUGGCAAUGUAGAGAGGGUCAAGUUCAUGAAGAGUAAACCUGGAGCAGCAAUGGUGGAGAUGGGAGACUGUUACUCUGUGGACAGGGCCAUUACUCAUCUGAACAACAACUUCCUUUUUGGACAGAAACUCAAUGUUUGUGUGUCCAAGCAACAGGCUAUUGUGCCAGGACAGUGCUACCAGUUAGAGGACAACACAAGCAGCUUUAAAGAUUUCCACGGAUCACGCAACAACCGCUUCACCUCACCAGAGCAGGCGGCUAAAAACCGAAUCCAGCAUCCGAGCAACGUCUUACACUUCUUUAAUGCACAACCCGACAUCUCUGCUGAGAUCUUUAAUCAGGUAAAAAAAAAAAAAAGCAACAAAGGUUGCUAUCUGUGAUGGCCAAAAGCAUCC